UUGACAGCAUCCCUAGCUGAUUGGGAGGACAGGGAGAAAUGGCUGAUGCUAUAGCUGAUACGAGAAGGCUGUACACCAAGCCCCAAAACCUAAAUGACGCGUAUGGACCCCCGAGUAAUUUUCUAGAGAUCGAUGUGAGCAAUCCUGAGACUGUCGGGGUUGGCAGAGGCAGAUAUACAACGUACGAAGUCAGGCUGAAGACCAACCUUCCCAUCUUCAAGCUAAAGGAGUCCUCUGUGCGGAGGCGGUACAGCGACUUUGAGUGGCUGAGAGCGGAGCUGGAGAGAGAAAGCAAGGUGGUCGUACCACCUCUCCCCGGAAAAGCACUUUUCAGGCAACUUCCGUUCAGAGGAGACGAUGGCAUAUUUGAUGACUCUUUCAUCGAGGAGCGAAGGCAAGGUCUGGAGCAGUUUCUCAACAAAGUGGCCGGACACCCUCUAGCUCAGAACGAACGCUGCCUACACAUGUUUCUACAGGACGAGUUUGUGGACAAGAACUACACCCCAUCCAAAAUCAGACAAGCCUGAGAAAAAAACAAAUGAAUCAUAGCUCUGCUUGGCCUGGUCCGGCUCAGUCUGGCUUGACCCCACAACCAAAAGCUCUCUUCAUUGCUCCAAAUGUCUCUCAAUAAACUUUUUAGUGACACUUCCUUCUUUCCUACACUUUCUAAAAUAUUAUUUCUUACCUAUGUAAGUUUAAUUGCUAAAUCACUGAUUAAUGUCUGUUUUGACCUUCCAAAUGAAGUCAAGAAUGUUCUAUACACAGCUGUGGUCUAAAGUGAUUCACGGAUAUUUUUUCUUCAUGUCUAAAGAUGCCACUAACAAAAAUAUAUAUUUAUCAUUUUUCUUUGUUCUGAAUAUAUUCCUUCAUAUGUUACUUUUGAAUGAAACUUCUUUGUAUGCAACGCUUGUGUAAUGUCCCACACCAUCCUCCAUCUACGACUGGCACAUUGCUCUCCAUGACCAGAACCAAACACACACACACGCACACACACACACACACACACACACACACAUUCGAUGGACCUCGACUUUCAAGCCACACUUAGUUGUUGUCUUAAAAAGGAUGCAUGUGUGUGUCUGUGCGCAUCGUGUCCACCAGCACCUACUUGAUGAUCACCAUGUUUUUUCUAGCAUGCAGUUUACACAGAGAGAACUGCAGUAUUUCUACUGGCAAUAUGCAUUUUGAGAUUUGUAUACUGCUGUGCCAUUUUUUGUUUAUUUUGAAAAAUUUUUCCAAUAAAACAGGUGAAAUGUC